CUUCGAUCAGUUGGCGGUUUGCAUUUGCUCGCGGCGGACGUCUCUCUCUCCCUCGCUCGCCCUCUCGUUCUGUCUCGCUCUCCCGCUGUUUCGCUCGAAUCGAGAUCGAAUCGAAUCGAGACCGCUGUUGAAUCGAUACCACGUUGCAAAGACCGCCCAAGACAGAAUCGAAUCGUAUCGAAUCGGUGUGUGGAAGCUUCAAGAUGCAACUGCAGCAUUGUCUAGUCGCUGCAACGCUGCUCAUUGUGGCUAGUGUGAACGUCAUCGUCCCCGCAGCAGCAGCAGGCCAAAAUAAGGAGAAGGAGGAGUUCCAGUGCCCCUCACACAUUGCCAAUGGCAACUAUGCGGAUCCUGCCACUUGCCGUCGGUUCUAUCAGUGCGUGGACGGCUAUCCGUAUUUGAACCGCUGCCCGUCCGGCCUCUACUUCGACGAUUUGCAGAAGUACUGCACAUUCAAGGAUGAGGCCAAGUGCGGCCCACUGCCAACAACUCCUGCCCCUGCCACGGAUGCACCGGCUGACACCGCCCAGCGCUGCAGCACCGAGGACUGUGCCCUGCCCUACUGUUUCUGCUCGAAGGAUGGCACACAGAUACCUGGCGACCUCGAGGCCGAAAAGAUCCCACAAAUCAUCAUGCUGACCUUUGAUGGUGCUGUCAAUCUGAACAACUACGAUCAUUAUACAAAAAUCUUCAAUGGCAAGCGACAGAAUCCCAACGGCUGCCUCAUUCGUGGCACCUUCUUCCUGUCGCACGAGUACAGCAACUAUCAACAGAUCCAGCAUUUGGGCUAUGCCGGACACGAGGUGGCUACCGAGAGCAUCUCGCAGCAGCAGGGCCUCCAGGACAAGGGCUACGAGGAGUGGGUGGGCGAGAUGAUUGGCAUGCGUGAAAUUCUGCGACACUUUGCCAACGUGUCCGUCAACGAUGUGGUCGGCAUGCGUGCCCCAUUCCUCAAGCCCGGUCGCAACACCCAGUACAAGGUUCUAGAGGACUUUGGCUACAUCUACGACAGUUCGAUCACUGUGCCACCAGUAGCCGUGCCUGUGUGGCCCUACACCCUGGACUACAAAAUCUCGCACGAGUGCAAGAGCGGCACAUGCCCGUCGCGCACCUUCCCCGGCGUCUGGGAGGUGCCAUUGAACACCCACUACGUGGAGGGAUUCGAGGGCGGCCACUGUCCCUAUAUGGACCAGUGUGUGCUCCACAAUCUGGACGAGGAGGAGGUGCUGGCCUGGCUCCAGGAGGACUUCUCGCGGUACUACGAACAGAACAAGGCCCCCUAUAUGAUGCCAUUCCACACGAACUGGUUCCAGACCAAGCCCCUGGAGAACGGCCUGCACAAGUUCCUCGAUUGGGCUCUUGAAUUACCCGACGUCUACAUCCUGACGGUUACCCAGAUGCUGCAGUACAUGACCGAUCCCAAGGAGCUGCGCGACGUGAACCAGAUCGAGUCGUGGAAGUGUGACAAGAGCAUCGCCGUGGCCCCCAAGCCCUGCAACAUCUGGCAGACGUGCGCCCUGCCCUUCAAGAUACCCGAACAGAAUCUGACGGACACCCGCUACAUGGAGACCUGUCGCGAGUGCCCCAAUGUUUAUCCCUGGCUGGGCGAUGCCGGCGGCACCGGCAUCCAGGGUCGCGACAACUACAUCUUCUCGGGUGCCAGCGGUGAUGAGCCCGAAGAUGACAGCACUGCCUAGAAGGUGCUACCCAAUCCAAACUCUUCUUUCUCUCUCACCUUCCCCCCACUCUCUAUAGCUUUCCUCUUUGUUUUUUUUUGUAUCGUUUUGCCCUGUGCUCUCCACAGUAAUUUCUCACACACUCACACACCACACACAUGCCAGUCAUGAUGAUCCACAAAUGAGCUCCUGAGCUCAUUCAUUUCCCCUUCUUCCCCUUCUUCCCCCUUUCAAAAUAGUUUUUAAGCGAAAUUCUGUCAGAUUGUUCUUAGUUUUUAAGCGACAAAAUGUA